AUGUACAGCAGAGCCUACAUCUUGCUGCAAAGAGAAUUCCAAGAGUUGAAGAAAAACAAUUAUGAGGGUAUUACUGGCUUUCCUGUAAGUGAAGGUAUGAUGCAAUGGGAAGUUGAUAUUGAAGGUCUACAGAAUACAGUUUGGCAUGGAUCAUUCUUCCAACUGAGAAUAAAUUUUACAUCGGAGUAUAAUUUUGUCCCUCCGGUUGUGAAAUUUAGAACAAUUCCUUUUCAUCCAAAUGUAGACCCACAUACUGGCCGUCCCUGUAUAGAUUUUUUGGACAACACUCAUAAGUGGAAUAGAAGCUAUACAUUGAGCAGCAUCUUACUUACCCUCCAGGUUAUGCUUUCUAAUCCAGUGCUAGAAAAUCCAGUGAAUUUGGAAGCAGCCCAUAUACUGAUUAAAGAUGAAACUCUGUACAGGCAAAUAAUUCUAAGACUUUUCCACCAGCCAUUACAAUCAAAAGAUGACAGUUCUGAGUCACCUAAAGAGCCAGAUAAAUUUAACAGAUCCAUUAAAUCAGUCUCAUUUAAUGAUUACUACAAGACAUGGUCUGGAAUAGCCACAUCAAAAGCCACAGAAUAUUACAGAACUCCAUUGCUUGAAGAUCCAAAUUUCAUUGGAGAGUAUUACAAAUGGAAGAAAAAUGAGCUAAGACGACCUAAAGAAUGGGGUUUAAAGUAA